AGAAGCUUUGUCGUCGCUUCCAUUUGACGUCACUACUCAUCACAUGUGUGCUGUCGGCUACCACAACAAUAUUUAAAGCAUUAAAAACUCAUAUUCGAUAAAAGGUUUUAUCCUCACAAACAAACAGAACCAUGUCCUCCUGUCGACGACCAGAACACUCUGCACCUCCAGAAGUGUUUUACAAUGAGGAGGAGGCAAAGAAAUAUUCUCAAAACUCUCGAAUGAUUGAGAUCCAAACCCAGAUGUCAGAGAGAGCUGUUGAGCUUUUGAACCUCCCAGAGGGACAGCCCUGCUUCCUGCUGGAUGUUGGGUGUGGUUCAGGGCUCAGUGGAGAUUCCCUGUCAGAAGGAGGACACUACUGGGUCGGAGUUGACAUCAGCACCGCAAUGCUAGAUGUUGCAAUCGACAGAGAAGUGGAAGGAGACCUUUUACUGGGGGACAUGGGUCAAGGGAUGCCUUUCAGACCCGGCACUUUUGAUGGCUGCAUUAGUAUCUCUGCCCUGCAGUGGCUCUGCAAUGCUGACAAGAGAACACAUAGUCCUCCAAAGAGACUCUAUACCUUCUUUAGUACUCUGUACUCCUCUCUGUCAAGAGGCUCCCGUGCAGUUUUUCAGCUUUAUCCAGAGAACUCAGAGCAGCUUGAGCUGAUCACAGCACAGGCCAUGAGGGCUGGUUUCAGUGGAGGCAUGGUGGUCGACUACCCCAACAGCAGCAAGGCGAAAAAGUUCUUUUUGUGUCUGUUUGCAGGAGUAACAGGAGUCCUUCCCAAAGGCUUGGGAUCAGAGACAUCAGACAAAGCGGUAUCAAACCAAGUCCAGUAUUCAGGACAAAGAUGUCGUUUUAAAAACAUGAAGGGGAAAUCUGUGAAGAAGGGACGAGACUGGAUUUUAGAAAAGAAGGAAAGGAGGAGACGACAAGGACGGGAGGUUCGAGCAGACACAAAAUACACUGGACGUCAGAGAAGACCUCAUUUCUAGCUGUGACUCAUGCAGCUAUGGCUCUCGUCUCGCUCUCGUCUGUACUAUCACACGUAAUCACCUCCGGAGCUGCAGAGUAUUUUAACUCUGCUAAUUUCCAGAUCUUCACUUUCAGUGGAUAAAGUACGAGAGAGAGAAUUGUUAUGACUGCCGGUUGCUUUUAUAUUUGAGUGUUUGGCAAUUUUCUUCUCAUAAACGGUGGCAAUAUGGCAUUUUCUGUGUUCAUUUUGGUUGGAAUAAACCAAGUAUAUGAACCAAAGUCUGCA